CCUCCCGACAUCCUCCCCCUCGUUCCUGCGCGGCUCCGGACCCCCCGCGGUGGGAGAGCGGGGAGCUGCGUGACUGAAGAGCGUGGACUUCCCGCGCGCGUCUGUGUGCGCGUGUAUGUGUACGUGUGUGUGUGUGUGUGUGUGUGUGUGUGUGUGCGUGCGUGCGUGCGUGCGCGUGUGCGCGCACUGCCUCCCUGCCUGACUCGGGUGACGGUGGGAGGUUCGGCCGUGGAGGGUCGCACGGGACGCUGCAGCCCGACGGAGCCUCUUGGUCAGCCGCUCCGCCCGGAGACGCCUGACCGUGUCCACCUGGAGCGAGAUCAUGACUCCGCUCAACGAGUCAGGCGAGACCUCCCCUCCCUCCUUCCCCUUCUCCUCCGUCGAGCACAACUCCUCCCUCUUCAUCACGCGCGACCCUUCGUCCUUCAUCUCCUCCCCCUCCCCCUCCACCUGGCUGACGUCCUCUAACUGCACCGGCUCUCCGUCGGCCUCCUCUCCCCCGUACAACUUCUACGCGGUGCUGCUGGUGCUGCUGAUCUUCUGCGUGGUGUUCGGGAACGUGCUGGUGUGCGUGGCGGUGUCGCGGGAGCGCGCUCUGCAGACCACCACCAACUACCUCAUCGUCUCGCUGGCCGUGUCCGACCUGCUGCUGGCGACGCUGGUCAUGCCCUGGGGCGUCUACCUGGAGGUGGUGGGGGAGUGGCGCUUCAGUCUCAUCCACUGCGACAUCCUGCUCACGCUGGACGUCAUGAUGUGCACCGCCAGCAUCCUCAACCUCUGCGCCAUCAGCAUCGACAGAUACACAGCGGUGGCCAUGCCGAUGCUCUACAACACCAGAUACAGCUCCAGGAGGAGGGUGGCAGUGAUGAUUUCUGUGGUGUGGUUUCUCUCUUUCGCAAUCUCCUGCCCUUUGCUGUUUGGACUCAACAACACCGCCAGCCGCGACGGCACCACGUGCAGCUUCGCCGAUCCGGCCUUCGUGGUGUACUCGUCUGUGGCGUCCUUCUACGUCCCCUUCAUCGUCACUUUGCUAGUGUACGCGCAGAUCUGCGUGGUGCUGCGCAAGCGGGGCAGGCGCACCGCCCCCCCGCGAGGACACGGCCUGCACGCGCAGGGCGCCGCCGAGGCGCCAGAAGGUCACCGGCACAGGAAGAGCAAGUGUACGCAGCCAGAGGAUGUGAAGUUGUGCACCCUCUACCUGAGGCCCACCACCGCUGGCCCGCAGCGCAAGAAAGUGACCCUGGUGAAGGAGGCGGUGGUCCACCCCCUCGAAGUGGAGCCGGGCCGCUUCCUGCCGCGGUCCGAGCAGAGCCUGGCUCCUCCCCCUGCCCCCCAGGCCGCCUCCCACUCGGGGCUGGCCCGGAUCUCCCUGGCCAUCUCGGUUGGACCCGCCCCGGUUCAUCCAGCCACCGUGACGCGAUCUGCCCUCAUGCCCCGGCCCCCGACCCUGGAGGACGGCAUGAGGGGCCGCGAGGGGUGGAGGGAGCGCAGCGGCGGGAGAGACAAAUGGGGGGUCAGCAAGGAGAGGGUCAGAGGGAGGCUGUCGCAGCAGAAGGAGCGGAAGGCGACACAGAUGCUCGCUAUUGUGCUCGAACGUGUGGCACAUGCAUGUAGUGCAUUAACCCAUCUCCUCAUCCGCUUCCUGUCUCCGGUUCCAAGGCGUGUUCAUCAUCUGCUGGCUGCCGUUCUUCCUCACCCACGUGCUGAAGGCCCACUGCAGCAGCUGCUGCAUCACGCCCUCACUGUACAGCGCUGUCACCUGGCUGGGGUACCUCAACAGCGCCGUCAACCCCGUCAUCUACACCACCUUCAACAUCGAGUUUCGCAAAGCCUUCAUCAAGAUCCUGCACUGCUGAGGGGGCGCCGGGGGGCGGGACUUUGAGAGGAGCGUGACGUUUGAUUCGAGAUCAGAGGUGAGAGUAAAAACAAGUAGUCUUUAGUUUUGACAUGCAGG